GAGUAACAGUAAAUCAGACCGAGCAGCUCCUGCGGCACCAGCAGCGCAAUUGUAGCCCUGUUGCAAGUAUUUUUGGCCGCCGACAGCACCGAGUGAGAUCACUGCGGGUCUCUUCUCUCGGACAGACUCCAGAGGACCGCUUCCACUCUCGUGUCUGCUUAUAUCUCAACAUUAUUCCACAAUGGAAAUGUCCGAAAACAAGCCGAGUGAUGAGCCGAAGUUAUCUACGACGGACAGGGUGGUGAAAUCCGUCCCGUUCCCUCCCAGUCACCGGCUCACGGCCAAAGAGGUGUUCGACAGCGAUGGGAAGCCCAAAGUGGACGUGCUGAAAGCCCACCUGACCAAAGAAGGUCGCGUGGAGGAGGCGGUGGCCCUGAGGCUCAUCGGAGAGGGCGCCUCGAUCCUGCGCGCAGAGAAGAACCUGCUGGACAUUGAGGCCCCUGUGACAGUGUGUGGAGACAUCCACGGGCAGUUCUUUGACCUGAUGAAGCUCUUUGAAGUGGGAGGAUCACCAGCAUCCACGCGCUACCUUUUCCUGGGGGACUACGUUGACAGAGGGUAUUUCAGUAUUGAAUGUGUGCUGUACUUGUGGGCCUUAAAGAUCCUUUACCCCAAAACACUGUUUUUGCUGCGUGGGAAUCAUGAAUGUAGACAUUUAACAGAGUAUUUCACAUUUAAGCAGGAAUGUAGAAUUAAGUAUUCAGAGAGAGUGUAUGACGCAUGUAUGGACGCCUUCGACUGCCUUCCCCUGGCCGCCCUUAUGAACCAGCAGUUCCUGUGUGUACACGGAGGACUGUCUCCAGAAAUCACAAAUCUUGACGACAUCAGGAAAUUAGACAGAUUCAAAGAGCCCCCAGCAUACGGACCGAUGUGCGAUCUGCUGUGGUCCGACCCCCUGGAGGACUUUGGGAACGAGAAGAGCCAAGAGCAUUUCACACACAACACAGUGCGAGGCUGUUCCUACUUCUACAGCUACCCUGCAGUCUGUGACUUUCUACAACACAAUAACUUAUUAUCUGUCAUCCGGGCCCAUGAAGCGCAGGAUGCUGGAUAUCGCAUGUACAGAAAGAGUCAGACCACUGGCUUCCCGUCCCUUAUCACUAUCUUCUCUGCACCCAACUACCUAGAUGUCUACAACAACAAAGCGGCAGUGCUGAAGUACGAGAACAACGUAAUGAACAUCCGACAGUUCAACUGCUCACCUCACCCUUACUGGCUGCCCAACUUCAUGGACGUUUUCACCUGGUCCCUGCCCUUCGUCGGGGAGAAGGUGACUGAGAUGCUCGUGAACGUCCUGAGCAUCUGCUCCAACGACGAGCUGACGACUGACGAGGAGCUGGACGGACAGCUAAUUUAUCCCCCCAAAAAAGGUGCCACAGCUUCAGCUCGCAAGGAGGUCAUCCGCAACAAGAUCCGUGCCAUUGGCAAGAUGGCCCGGGUGUUUUCUGUGCUCAGAGAGGAGAGCGAGAGCGUGCUGACGCUGAAGGGACUGACCCCGACAGGCAUGCUACCCAGCGGGGUGUUGUCCGGUGGCAAAGAAAAGCUGCAGAAUGAAACCGCAGCUACUAUUGAAGCUAUUGAGGCUGACGAAGCCAUCAAAGGUUUCUCGCCCCAGCACAAGAUCACCAGCUUCGCGGAGGCGAAGGGGCUGGACCGCAUCAACGAGAGGAUGCCGCCGCGGCGGGACGCUUUGCCCUCCGACGCCAGCCUCAACUCCCUCAACAAGGCCCUGUCCUCGGAGACCAACGGCACGGAGGCCAAAGGGAGCACCAGCAGCGGGGGCAGCAUCCAGUGAGGGCGCCACCUCGGCCCACGGGUGAUGGUGUGGAAAGAGGGAGGGAUGGGGGAAGGGAGAGGGGGGUUGAUCUGUGGAAGGGGGGAGUUGUCUUUGGCUCAAACCGGGGAGGGGGAGGGGGGGGGACAUCUCACUUUCUAGUCUUUGGAUAUGCCUUCAAAAUAUUAGUUCAUAGUCAAAUCUGCUAAGUUAUUGCCGAAGUCCAUUUGUGAGCUUGAUGCUCCGACGCGCCGCAGUAUGUCGGAGGGGGGGAGGGGGCGGGAGGGGUGAGAGAGAUCUUAAAGGUGAUUUUUGUUUCAUUUUAUUUCUUGAAAGACCCUUGCUCACUUACACCGAAAUGGAAAGUUGUGUAACUUCUUACUAACUAUUGUACGUUUACAAAAAUACAGCACUAAAAAGGACGGAACAUGCGAUAAUGUUUUUAACAGAAGAGGGUGUACAAACUAAUUAAGGACUAUUUAUUGAUAACUUUUUUUUUUGCUACUCUUUUAAAAUAGCUCUGAAAUUAAUUAGGCAGUCUUAAGAAGAAUGUUGCAAUGUUGUCGAAAUGCCAAAUAAUGGAACGUUUUAUGGUUUUGUACAUAUUAUGCUUACCUCAGGUUCUUUUGGUGUGUGCUCUGACCUGAUUUUUCUGUAUAAUCGCUAAAUAACUCUAAUGAAUACCUAUUUUCUUGAGUUUCAUAACUGGAAUUUACAUUUACCUAUCUAUCAUUUGCAAAUAUGUUUAUUUUAUGUCUCUUUCAGAAAGGGUUGUGGGUUAGAUUUAUUGUGGCUUGCUGGAAUUGAGUGUUCAUUUUUUUCUCUUUUUAAGUAUUGCGAACAAAGUAAAAAUAGAGAACCUAUAUUGUGUAAAAAAAAAGAAUACAAUAAACUUAAAGUGUCUGCCUAUGCAUGUUUUAUAAAAAUCAAACGGAUGAAAUAGAAAAUCAGAAUACCUUGGCUAUGGAGGCCUGUUUUGAAAUAUACCGCGCUUUAGUGAACAUAUACUGGAAACGUAUACCUGCAUACUUUCAAUUAACACCAUGAUGCUCUAUGCCUUCAACUUUGUUUUUUUAAUUGAAGCAUUUAAUUAUCUAAGAUGGAUGAGAAAUCAUAUUUUUAACCUGCGCUUUUAAGUGCACACAGUCCAAUUAAGCAUGUUUGGCAAUUCUUGUGAGGUGUGUGGUUACAUGUGUAACUGAAAAAUGCAUGAUUAGCUGUUUGUGUCAUAUAACAGGUAAAUCGGUUUUGUUCUGUUUUGUAAAUGUGCCACAGAAAGUGUAAUUUGAUUAUUAUCAUUACUAUUAUUAUUAUUAUUAUUAUUUGAAACUGCUUUGUAUAUCAGUUACAGGUUUGAUACUGCUCAAUACUUUAAGAUGAAACAAAUAAAAAUAACUUUGAUCUUUUUUAAGAACUGCUUAAGUGCCCAAGUAAUUCACUACACGACAUGAAGCCUUGCUUUUGUAAUUUAACUUCAAAACUGUUGGCAGAUGAGGCAUGCACUUGCAACUAUGGAAAGUAUUUUAUAUAACUGUUCAAUAAAAAUGUGCAUGAAUUUCAACUUGAAAA